AUGGCCCCUACUUCGCAACCCACCUGGCUGACGCCGAUCCCUACCAAGCGUAGCCUCUUCCGUCGGGACAUCAAUGACGGCUCACUCGUCAGUCUGAUCAUCACGGCCAUAAUUCUGUCCAUCCUCGUCGUCGGCAUCAUCAUCUACCUCUUCCGCAAGACCUGGAGCAAAAUGGUCGAGCCACGACUCAGCCGAAGCAGCAACACAAACAGCGCAAAAGUCAGCUACAAGCUCCCUUCUCUGCGGCCAAGCCUCAGCAGCACCAAGAGCUCGCCCGUUCUGCCCACCUAUCGCCAGAGCAUGCGAGCCAGGUCGUGCAGCGACGCUCUAUGGUCUGAGAAGCUAGACCACGAGGUCGACUACUUCUCCUCCACGGAUGGCAGCAGCAGCCACGACGAGACAGCCUACCUGCCCCGCUACUCUUCGCGGAAGACAUCGUCGGCAUCGUCGCUGUCGCUAUCACGACGACAUUGCCUGUCCCUCUCCCUCACCACCUCUCCGGCUUUCCAGCCGUUGGACAUGUUGCCUAUCUACGAGGGGACGGAAUCUGCCGCUGCGUCCCCAGUGUUGGGCCACGAAGCACGCCCUCUCGCGCCUCGACGCUCGCUAUCCGAGACGCAGAUACAGCGACCUAUGUCGGUACCUGCGAAGUCGCGGCCAUUGGGUAGCCACCCAGUCAACAACGACGACAAGAAUGCCACCUCAAUACACCGAUGCAGCGGUUCCUUCGAUGCUGCUGGGCGAGACAUGCUCCGCCGACAACGGAGUGCAGGGCGCUUAGAGCAGGUGGAUUUGAUCUGA